ACUAUCCACAAUGCCGCUGAAUGAUGAACGGCCCACCUCGACAUCCAUGGCAGUGGGUGAAGACCAGGGUAGUGAUACAGAGUCUUCUGAAAGGUGUGACAGCGUGACGUCGUCUAGCGACUUUGAGUGCUCCCGUCAAAGUUUUACCAGCGACUCCUCCAGCAAGCACAACUCACCAUCCUGUAGCCCACCGAAAACCUUAACACUUGAUGAGGUCAUGGCCUCAGCCCGAGACCUAUCAAAUUUGAGUCUGGCCCACGAGAUCAUAAUGAAUCGCAAGUUUCAUGUGGAGCAGCCUGACCUACCUCAGAGCAGUCUGGAGAAGAGGGUGAAAGAUAUUGUUCACAAAGCAUUCUGGGACUGCCUUGAAUCAGAGCUUAAUGAUGACCCCCCUGAGUACGAACAUGCCAUCAAACUACUUGAAGAGAUACGAGAUACCCUGCUGUCCUUCCUGAACCCUGGAGCUAACCGCCUUCGCACUCAAAUCAUGGAGGUUCUGGACAUGGACCUUAUUCGCCAACAAGCAGACAAUGAUGCAGUGGACAUCCAGGGCUUGGCCUCCUACAUUAUCAGCACAAUGGGCAAAUUCUGUGCGCCAGUCCGAGACAAUGAGAUCAAGAAACUCGAAGAGAGCUCAGCUGACAUUGUUUCACUAUUCAAGGAGAUCUUUCGUGUGUUGGACCUGAUGAAGAUGGAUAUGAUUAACUUCACUAUUCAGAGUCUGAGGCCGGAGCUUGAGAAGCAGUCUGUGGAGUAUGAGAGGGCCAAAUUUCACAACAUUUUAGAGAGAACUCCGAAUGCUCUAGCCCAUACGACGGAGUGGAUCAAAGCAUCACUGGAGGAAGUCCUACUGUCCAUGCCUCCCAGAGAGAAGCCUAGUGAACCUGGGAAGAAUGUAAAUGGAACACCAAGUCCAAUGCUGGUCCUCAACACUGCCUUUGUCAGACUGAUCAUGUGGGGUAGACACAAGGGCCCACUGCCUGAGACCUUGAUGACAGAUGAGGUUAGGCUGCAGGAGCUCAGGAGAUGCCUGCAGUUGCUACAGGCUGUGGCGUCUGUCCUGCUGAUUAUCUGUAGCGCUGUUGGAGGGGCUGUUUCUGGUCUUCCUGCUCUCAUUGAGCGUCUCAAGAAGAUGACCAGUGUGUUGCUAGAGGGCAUGCACAGCCAAAACUUUCACCUGACUGAGGCUCUGGAGAAUGUGAGCGUUCAGAUUUUCAGUGAGCUGAAUAAGUCUCUGACUGAGCGGAAUUACCCACCUCUCCCUGGUGACCUGCAGACCACUUUGAGAGGACAGAUCUGUGGUAUAACCCAAGAAAGCAACCCUAUACGUAGCCUCGUAGAGGGAAGGGUCCAGCAGUACCUUCAGGUGGUUCUAUCCACACCAAACUCACACAAGAGUCCACCCUCUACUCCCAAUGGGCUGGGUGUUAUCCAGCCAGAGCUGACCGCACUGGCGAUCAGCUACGUCAACGUUGUCAACUACAACAAGAAAGUGUACGGCCCCUUUUAUGUUAACAUCCUGAAAGGUUUACUCUUCAGUGACAACCAGCCAGCUCAUGGGACCUCUUCCCAGGAUAUAGCUGCUACCCAGGAGCCCCCUGUCAACCCACUCAUCUCCAAAUGACACUGCAUGGAUCUUUUACAUCUGUGUGCCCUUUGGCAUCCGUAUCCCUCUCAUGUUGCAGUGUGUUUAACAAAUUGCAGAGAAAUCCAUUAAGUCUUUUCAAUUCCCUUCUAAAGGUAGAGAUGCGGUGAUGUCACCGCCUUGUGUUGCCGGCUCAAAUGGGAAAAUGUAUUUUUUGGUGCUCAAAUAAGGAGUUAAAGAACAAUUAUAGUUUGUGUUACAAAAAAGGUAUAUGUAUCUUGCGACAGCCAAUUAAUCAUGCGCUUUUGUAUCUCCCCAACUAUCUCAACUAAUUUGUUACUUGUAUAUUGUCUUUGAGCCUGUGUUACUGCAAUAUGUAUCAUUGUGUGCUGUCAAUAAAUGUUUGGGAGCAAGUCAAAGUUUUACUAUGUUCACAUUGUAAUAGAUAUUGCCAGAAAAUAGGCAAGUAUGAAUAGACUUUUUGUUGUUGUAAGCUCAUUUGAUAAGGGAAUAAAAUAUAUGUAUAUUUACUACUAUCCAUUACAUAUAUAUAUUGGCUUAUGAUUGUAGGCGAGCUUUUAUAUAUUAUCAUAACAAAAUUUAAAACAAAAUAUUGACCGUGCCAUUCUUUUCUGAGGAAUGACUCAAACCCAGUUUAAAAGGAUGCUGGUGUGAUUUUCAGCCUCUUGAACCUAAAGACUAAUUGGGCUAGAACUAUAUUUUUCUUUUGAAACUACGUUUGUAUCAUGGUCUCAUGCAUGUUGGCCCAGGAGGAUGGGGAAAAUGUGAUCUAUGAUGACUGCAUGAUAUAUGUUUGUGAACACUUAUGGUAUUGUAUGAUGUGUGUAUUAAUUAGAAUACCAGUGUUUCAUGUUUUAUGUUUGCCGUUUACAGUUCCAUAUGGGUUUCCCCCCGAUAUAGAAUUUUACUCGUCACAUUUAUGUAAUUGUUUUCAGAAUAUAUAUCUUCUAUUAAAAUAUCGUUAUGUUCAUGUUAUGGUGGAGGUCAAAACGAGAUUGCUAACAUACUGGUUCGGUGCUUUACCCCAAACUUUCGACAAAUGUUAAUGGACCUAGAGGCUGAAUAAAUGUUGACUGUGUGUUUUAUGUCCUGCUCUCUGAGUUCAGUAGUUUCU